UCUGCGAUUUACGUGGAAAGCUCAUCUUUUGUUUCCUAUCGCUCUCCAACUCAUCCUUAUUUUCUUUUUUGGUAAUUACAACUCAUUGUUUGAUUACGUCAUUCCACAUCUAGAAAUAAUUCGAACUCCACUCGUAGUCCAAAUCCGAAAUUAAAUCAAUUAAUCAACUCCCCCGGCCCGCUCCCCCGAUAUAUAGAAGCCGAAGCUCGUAUCGAUUCCUUCAUCUUUCUCUCUGUCUCUUUGUUGGAUGUUGGCUUCUUCUAUCUUGGACGGGGUGUGAUGGAGUCGUCGACGUCUUAUUCUCCUUCUUUUUCUGCUGCUUCUUCCUCAUCCUCUUGGGACGAAGCGAAGCUCUUUGUAGGGGGAAUUUCGGGGGAAACGACGGAGCACCGGCUGGUCGAGUACUUCUCCAAGUACGGCGAAGUGGCGUGGGCCAAUGUCGUCGAGAACAAGAUCACCGGUCGCAGCAGGGGCUUCGCCUUCAUCAGGUUCGUCGACUCGGCAGCCGCCGAGAGGGCUCUCGCCGAGAUCAGAGAACACGUCAUCUUGGGGAGAAAGGUAGAAGUAAAAAAGGCCAUACCCAAAUUCCUUGGGUACCAAAAUCAUCACAAGGAAGUAAAUCGGAUUCCUUUUAACCCAAGGAAGAUUUUUGUAGGCGGUUUGCCUCCUAAGCUGACUGAGGAUGAGUUUAGCAGAUUUUUUGAGCAGUUUGGUGAAAUUAAAUAUGCUGUUCUGAUGUAUGAUAAUUUUGGCCGACUAAGAGGCUUUGGCUUCAUUGAAUUCCACUCAGUGGAGGCUACGGAGAAGGUAUUGCAGAACAGGUUCCAUGAAUUGAAGGAUAAGAAAGUAGAGGUCAAGAAAGCGGUGCCUAAGAUUGCGAAGUACUAUAACAAGGAAAUCAACUCUUGUCUCAGCGAGCAUAUGAUAAUUGGUGGUGGAGAGGGAUAUAUUUUUGGCAAUGACCAAGCUGGUUUCUAUCAAGUGUAUGAUCCUAGAUAUGCAGGUUUGCAGCAUUAUGUGUCUCCAAUUUUUCCUGGCUGCGCUUCUCAAUAUAGUGGCUUUACCGGAGGAUACGUUGUUGGAUGUUAUGAUGGAAUUGGUUAUGGCUUCCUGUAUGCCAGUCCGGAGUUGGUGCCAGCAUGGAAUUGGUAUGAGGUUUAGAGCAGCAACUAAUUUUUAUACUUCGACUCCAUGAUUGCGGCAAAUACAAUGCAACAAAUGAAUUUUUUCGUGCUAUUGUAUUUUCUUAUUUUGUCAAGAAACUUCUCCUGGCAAACUAAUUUCACAGUUUUUUAAUUUCCUGUGGAUUGUGAAAUAUUGUUCUGUGUUAUUUACAUACAAUUAGAAAAGUGGCUACAAUAAUAUUUACAUUGGAACUUAUUGAA